GACCCUGCGGGGGUCUCCGCCCUUGCACCAGUUGGCUGUUCGAAGACUGCUAGGAACCACUCAGUUGAGGGCAGGUGACCCACAGCCCCUACUCCCUCGGUCCUUGGUGAAGUAAGCAAUCUGGAGCCAGUCUCCCCUGGGAAACCGGAGCUUCGCAUUCAGGGGAGCGACCUCCGCCCACACGUGCGAGUUCUGCCUUCAGAUCGCCGUCUCUUUGGCACCUCCAAAGCCUAAUUUCACCGUGCCGUCCGAAUUACCUAUCCACUCACGCUCCAUCACAUAACCCUUAAUGCUCAGCGGGACAAUUCUCUCAGUCCUGUGUGCCUUCUGUGUCUGUUUAUUGUCUGUCUCUGGAAUGUCCACUGCGCAGGGCAAUGGUCCCUGUUUUGGGGGCGCAGUAUUGAGCUCCGCUGCCUAAGGCUUGGCGGGGCCGGGACGCAGCAGGAGGUCACAUUUGCUAUGUGACAGAAUACCAUCCCAUAGCACAGACGAGCUAGAGCAGCCCCACUUCCUGGAGGGGCGGGGUCUCAUCGGGCCCCCGCCCACAAGCCUGAUGCCAGCUCUAACCUGCUCCUCCUCUUCCUCUCCCGGGAGUCGGCCUCCAGCUGUGCGGUGUUUUCUCUCUCAAGCCUCCCUCCCUUUCUGCAGCUGUUGCAAAAACCCGGAGCAGCGGAACAUCAGAGGGGCGGACCGGCGCAGCCCCUCGCAGCACCUCCCCAACAGCCUUCCGCGGCCGCGCUGGGCAUGCUCAGUCGACAGGGCCGCUUCAGUUCUUGGAGUAGGAAGCUAGGGCGCUUCGGCUGUAAGGAGCCGCGGCGGGGGGAAAAUGGAUCCCUUUACUAACGAUCUGCUUCAGCUCCCCAGGAAUAUGAUUGAAAACAGCAUGUUUGAGGAAGAACCAGAUGUGGUGGAUUUAGCCAAAGAACCCUGUUUACAUCCUCUAGAGCCCGAUGAGGUGGAAUAUGAGCCCCGGGGAUCAAGACUGUUGGUGCGGGGUCUUGGUGAGCAUGAGAUGGAUGAGGAUGAAGAGGAUUAUGAGUCAUCUGCAAAACUGCUGGGCAUGUCCUUCAUGAACAGAAGCUCAGGCCUUCGGAACAGUGCAAGUGGCUACAGGCCGAGCCCAGAUGGGACUUGUUCGGUACCCUCUGUAAGGACCAUGGCGAUAUGUGUUUUUCUUAUUCUGGUUGCUGUUUCUAUAAUCAUGGUGAUAUAUUUACUACCCAGAUGUACCUUUACCAAAGAAGGCUGCCAUAAAAAAAACCAAUCAAUGGGACUGAUUCAGCCACUUGCAACAAAUGGAAAGUUGUUUCCGUGGGCACAAGUCAGACUUCCCACCGCCAUUAUGCCACUACGCUAUGAACUUAACCUACACCCAAACCUAACCUCGAUGACAUUCAGGGGUUCUGUGACAAUUUCACUUCAGGCUCUUCAGGCCACGUGGAAUAUCGUUCUUCACAGUACAGGCCAUAAUAUUUCAAGAGUGACCUUUAUGUCAGCAGUUUCAAGCCAAGAAAAACAAGUUGAGGUACUGGAAUACCCAUUUCAUGAACAAAUUGCUGUUGUUGCCCCUGAAGCUCUCCUUGAAGGACACAAUUACACCUUGAAGAUAGAGUAUUCAGCAAAUCUAUCUACUUCUUACUAUGGGUUCUAUGGAAUCUCCUACACAGAUGAAAGUAAUGAGAAAAAGUACUUUGCAGCAACUCAAUUUGAACCCCUGGCAGCAAGAUCUGCUUUUCCUUGUUUUGAUGAACCAGGAUUUAAAGCCACAUUUAUCAUCAGGAUCAUAAGGGAUGAGCAAUAUACUGCUUUAUCAAAUAUGCCUAAGAAUUCAUCAGUCAUUAUGGAAGAUGGACUUGUUCAGGAUGAGUUUUCUGAGAGUGUGAAAAUGAGCACUUACCUGGUUGCAUUUAUUGUUGGGGAACUGAAGAACUUGAGUCAGGAAGUAAAUGGAACCCUGGUUUCUAUAUAUGCUGUACCAGAAAAGAUUGGUCAAGUUCACCAUGCCUUGGAAACAACUGCAAGACUUCUUGAAUUCUAUCAAAAUUACUUUGAAAUUCAAUACCCACUUAAGAAAUUGGAUUUGGUGGCUAUUCCUGACUUUGAAGCAGGAGCAAUGGAAAAUUGGGGUUUGCUCACCUUCCGGGAAGAGGCACUUCUGUAUGACAAUAAGACUUCUUCAGUGUCGGAUAGAAAACUGGUUACUAAAAUCAUUGCUCAUGAGCUAUCCCAUCAGUGGUUUGGUAAUCUAGUAACAAUGGAGUGGUGGAACGAUCUUUGGCUAAAUGAAGGGUUUGCUACUUUCAUGGAGUAUUUCUCUUUGGAAAAAAUAUUCAAAGAGCUCUCUAGUUAUGAAGAUUUCUUAGAUGCUCGAUUUAAAACCAUGAAGAAAGAUUCAUUGAAUUCAUCUCAUCCAAUUUCAUCAUCAUCUGUUCAGUCUUCAGAACAAAUCGAAGAAAUGUUUGAUUUUCUUUCCUAUUUUAAGGGAGCCUCUCUCUUGUUGAUGCUGAAAACUUACCUUAGUGAGGAUGUAUUUCAACAUGCUGUUGUCUUUUACCUGCAUAAUCAUAGCUACGCAUCCAUUAAAAGUGAUGAUCUAUGGGAAAGUUUUAAUGAGGUCACAAACAAAACACUAGAUGUAAAAAAAAUGAUGAAAACCUGGACCCUGCAAAAAGGAUUUCCUUUAGUGACUGUUCAAAGAAAAGGAAAAGAACUUCAUGUACAACAAGAAAGAUACUUUUUAAAUACGAAGCCUGAAAUCCAGCCUUCAGAUGCAAGCUAUCUCUGGCAUAUUCCACUAUCCUAUGUCACUGGGGGAAGAAAUUACUCAAAAUAUCCAUUGGUAUUUUUACUGGACAAGAAAUCAGGUGUCAUCAAUCUUACAGAAGAAGUGCAGUGGAUCAAAGUCAAUACAAACAUGAAUGGCUAUUAUAUUGUACACUAUGCAGAUGAUGACUGGGAAGCACUAAUCAAACAGCUGAAAACAAAUCCUUAUGUCCUGAGUGACAAAGACCGAGCCAACCUCAUCAACAACAUCUUUGAACUUGCAGGCCUAGGCAAGGUGUCUCUUCAAAGGGCCUUUGAUUUGAUUGAUUACCUCAGAAAUGAGACCUAUACCGCCCCCAUCACUGAGGCCCUGUUCCAGACGGGCCUCAUCUAUAACCUCCUUGAAAAGCUGGGGUACAUGGAUCUGGCCUCAAGAGUAGUGUCUAGGGUAUUUAAAUUACUUCAAAGUCAAAUCCAACAGCAGACUUGGACUGAUGAAGGCACCCCAUCUGCUCGAGAACUUCGGUCAGUCUUACUAGAAUUUGCUUGCACCCAUGACCUAGAGAACUGCAGCACUGUUGCCACGAAGCUGUUUGAUGAUUGGGUAGCAUCCAAUGGAACUCAAAGCCUACCUACUGAUGUCAUGACUGCUGUGUUCAAGGUUGGAGCAAAAACUGAGAAAGGCUGGUCAUUCCUACUAAGCAAGUAUGCCUCUAUAGGCUCUGAAGCAGAAAAGAAUAAAAUACUUGAAGCUCUUGCCAGCUCUGAGGAUGUACGGAAACUUCACUGGUUAAUGAAAAGUAGCCUCAGUGGAGAUAUCAUCCGAACACAGAAGCUGUCAUUUAUCAUUAGAACAGCCGGCCGACAUUUUCCUGGACAUUUACUGGCAUGGGAUUUUGUCAAAGAGAACUGGAAUAAGCUUGUACAGAAGUUUCAUCUGGGGUCCUAUACCAUGCAGAGUAUUGUUGCUGGAUCAACGCACCUGUUUUCAACAAAGGCACAUUUGUCUGAGGUCCAGGCCUUCUUUGAAAAUCAGUCAGAGGCAACCUUUCGGCUUCGUUGUGUCCAGGAGGCCUUGGAAGUCAUUCAGUUGAAUAUCCGAUGGAUGGAGAAGAACCUUCAGACCCUGACGUGGUGGCUGUAGCAUGCACACCUGCACCUCGUCUUGUCUCCCAUUCAGAGAGCUUGUUAACUUGGACUCCGCUGCUUUUGCAAAAAGCCAAGGUGAAGCCAGAACCGCUGCCGAGUUGUUUGCACUCUUAGGAGUUCUAGUUAGCUCAGGGGCCCGUCCGUACUUUCCAUCUGUCUUUUUUGAAUUGUCUUUGGGCAGUAUGUAGUUAUUUAUUACAAAAUUCUAGUCACCUACAUGCGCCAACAUCUACAAAAACAGUGAGUAAUUUUUCUACUUUGAAGAUACACAAAUGGGGAGGAAAAAUCUGUUUUGGCCUUCUGUUCUGUUUCUCAGUAUCUGGCAAAUACUGACAUAGUGAAACAAGGGAAAGAUCUACCGUGGGAACCAUCAUCUUUGCAGGCUGCUGCCCUGUCGGCCAUUUGUUGCUUCUUAUUGAGAGAUGUUACUUGAAUGUGGUACAAAAGGAAGUCGAUGAAUCAAACAAGUGUUAGAAAAACUGAUCUCAGGUGUGCAGAUCUACUUUGAUUUGAAGUUUUGAUUAACUUUAUUUUCUGAAAAAUUUAAAUAAGAUCUAUAACUUAUAUUUUUUCCUGCAGAACAGCCAGGUGCUACAGAAUUUUUAAAUUUUUGUUGUAUUGAAAAGCUAAGUAACAAGGACAAAAGAUUAAAUUUUCCAAAUAUUUAAUACUUAUUUUUUCAUCUUUUAUGAAAAUGUUUCAAACUGAGUUAGCUUUAAUUAUGAUUAUUUUAUUUAUGAAUUCCAAUAUUAUCCAAAUCUGUACACCUUUACCACUCCCUGACAUAGAUAUAUCUUAUGUUAUAAAUAAGUAUGUCUACAUUUAUGGCAAGCCUUUUGUUAAAACUGGUGUCUUUUAUCCUGACUUUAUCACUAUUACUAAAAAUAAUUUGUUUAAGUUACCUUUGACAUUACCUGAUCAUAGACACUUUCUCUGUGAAUGAUACUCAUGUAGAUUUUCAUGUUAUACGAUAGAGUAUAUUAGAAGCAUAGUAGAAGCAUAUUUUAAGAUAGGGCCUUUGAGAAAUUGAGCAUUUUUAUUUGAAGUUCACCAUAGUACCUUAAAGGAAUAAAGAGAAUGUGGGGUAGGAGUAAUUUGAUUCAGAUUUAAUAAUGGUGGGCUUUGAAUUUUUCCUACUAUCAAAAUCAGUACUUUUUUUUAGUUGAGAAAUCAGUGGUUUGGUUUGGUUUUGUCUUUAUCAUGGCCAAACUAACUAACUAAAAGGAACGGCAAAGGAAAGAAAGAAAGAAAAGGGAAGAUGUCCAAAGCUGUAUAGCAUUUUCACUCCUUGUAAAGGAGAAAUACUGUACUUGAAUUUUUUGAGCUAUGCAGACUUAAUACUUAGAUUGUUGAGUUUCUUUGAUUCUUAGGGGAAAGACUUUCUUCCUAAUAAUUUUUGAGUAUUUUAUAUUUUGUUUGAAAACAUCUAUGUACAUAAAAAGGGUAGAUACCCAAUUGCAAGCACUUAAAACACUCCACAGGAUCAAUGGGAAAGGUCACCUUUUUUAUUUUAGCAGGUAUAAGUGAAAAUAUGUGGGAUUGUGUAUAAAAUUAUAUUUUACUUUAUGAAAAUAUUUUUAUAUAACAAAACUUAAAAUGAUGGCAAGCUAAAAAGUAGCUUUCUUUAAGCCUAGUGUGUUUUCCCCCAAUUUAGUCUUUUCUAAACAUUUAUCCCUGGUCUAGAGUACAAAAUAUCAUAUCCUGAGAAUAUCACAGAAUCCUCUAAAGAUGUCUUGUUGAACCUGUGAUUAUUGUAGGUUUUUAUUUGUCUUGUGCUUCAGCAAAUGAGUGAUAUUGGAAGUUAGUGUGCUUUUAUAUUUUUAGAGUGGGGAAAAAUACUAAACUUUUCAGACUUUUUUGGUUGCUGGUUUUUUUACCAUAUGUUAUAUUACUAAAUUCCACUUUGAUACAGUUUAAAUUUUGCUACUUCUCAGAAUCAGUUAAGACUUUUCAGUUUAACCUGCCCAUCUUUACUUGGCUACUGUAAUGUAUGUUAACUCUGCAUAUGGCAAAUCUUGUCCUGAGUUCUGUCAUUUUUCCUGAGUUGGGGUGUGUGUGUGUCUGUGUGUCUGUGUAGUAUGUAGGGAGAUAGUGAUGUUUAAGUAAAUCCUUAUCAAAACAUAGGCUAAAAAGAGGUAACUUGUAAUCCAUUAUUAUCUUUGCACUCAAAAGCUGUUAGUGCCCAUGAUGCUUUAUCCAUACUGGUCGUAGUGUUAUUAAUAGGCCUCACCUCAGUUAUUGGUAGCUGUAGCAGCCCUCGCCUCACGUUUUCCCACAGAAUUCCAUGAUUUGUAAUGUCAAGCUAACCCAUCUGUACGCACUUGUGAAAACUAACUCUAAGUCAGGAAUAUAAGGUUAAGUAACCAGUAGAACAUAUUACAUAAUAGGUAUAACUGUAGCUUUGGAAGCUGUGUCAGCCCAAACCUUACCUCCAUCCCUGCAUCUUGGAGAGCUCACACAGACGGGAGCGCAGCAUCACAGCACACUUGUUUACGGAGGCACACAGAUCCACGGCGGUUAAGUGCUGGUUUUCAAGAAUUAGGUUUAUUGCAGAGAGACGAUCUACGUGAAUGUAAUAGAAGGGGCACAUCAUACCAGGUUAUUGGAAAAGGCAAAACUGGAAAUCUGGAAUUGUAGAAGAAAAACUUACGCUUUGGAUAUCCGGAAGUAGAAAUCCAAGGAGUCUCGUUUGUUGCAUUAAUAGACUGGAUUCAUUAAACUACAGGUGGUGUCAGCCUGGACCCCAGGCUGUGCCUUCCUCCAUUUUCUUGUUUUUCAUAAGUCUCUUUAAGUGACAUUGCGUUGCCAUUAUUUGUGAACUUUCUUACUAGCACAAGUUCUGCUUAAAUGUUAAUACUCCUUGGCAUUCAUGUUUUCAUUUCAUUGAACAAGAGCUGUCAGCAGAGUUCUGGGUACUUGGAGGAUAUUGCGCUGCGUCAGUCUCACUGGGUACAGAGCAGUGUCCCUUCUGAGUAUAGCAAAGUAAGAAAUGAAAGUUAAGUGCUGAGUUUGUUGGAUUAUUGGCAGCCUGUUACUGAGUUUUAUUUUAAGAGUCUAUGCAAACCACAGCACCUGGACCCAUAAUCUGCAGUUGGACUGCUGAAUAUUCACGUAAUCCUGCAUUCGUUUCAUGGGAUUGUGCAGUUCAGGACACAUAUACCAUCACUGAAAACAGUAUUCCUGUGCCUGAGUCUGCAAAACAAGAUGUGAAUUUCAUAGAUGUGAUGUAGCUCUUUUUCUCCCCUUUGCCUUUAUUUUUUUUUAUUGGAAUUAAUUAUUUUGUAAAGGGCUUCUUCUCUCCCCGCCUCUGACACUCCAUUUGUACUGUUUUGUUUUUUGUUUUGUGUGGGAUUUUUCUUGCAUCUUUUAUUUUGUGCUUCAUUCUCUGCAUUAGUAAGUAAGUACUAAAUGCAAAGUGGCAGUCCAGAAGUAUGUUAAAUCUCCUCCUGUCCCUUCCUUUAUUGCCUGCAUGUGCAAUAGCUAAUAAAAUAGUUGAUUGAUUUCUUUGAGUGGCUUUUUGGGGGUAUACACUUUUUUUUAAAUGUGCAUAUAUGGUUUUGAUAUGUUUCUAUCUUCUUUCAUUUUGUAUACUUAUUUUAAUAAAAUGUGAAAUACUGUCCUAUGAAAACUCUCUUCUGCCCUGCCCAUAAUUGCCUAUGUGGGCAACAGAUACAGAGUACUUAUUUGGUGUUUAUUUUUUGGAAGUUGAUGGUGAUAUUGAGGGGAGAGCAGAGUAUAUUCUUUUUAAAAAUGUGUACAAAAUGUUUUUGCUGCUAUCUUGUGGGUGUCAUGUCAUUUUGCAUUUCAUUCAUCUUUCUCAUGGAAGUGUAGCUAUCUAAUGAACUGCGGAGGUCCAGAAGUAGGGCGUGGGUCCCACUUACCCCUCUCCAAAUUGCCUGCAUGGACAGUAACUGAUAGAGUAGCUGUGGGUGCUCUUGCCUUGAUCUAGUCUUGGGGGCUCCGGCUUAUAGGUCAUUCCUUCAGGUGUGUGUGUGUGUGUGUGUGUGUGUGUGUGUGUGUGUAUAGAUAUAUAUAUAUAUACACAUAUAUAUGUUAUGCUACUUUUUCAUAUUUCAUUUUUAUAUGUCCCUUUGCAUGUAUGCAUAUAUACUUAAUGAAAAUUGAAGUUCAGAGUAUGACAGAUUUUCUCUUUUCCCUUUUUCUUAUUGCCUCUUUGGGCAGUAGCUAAUACUUUGUGUUUUGUGGGGGCAGGAAGUUGGGUGUGUACUUAAUGUAUAUAAAUAAAUUUCCUACUACUUUGUAUUACUUAAUUCAUUUCGUACUCUGUCCUUCUCGGAGGAUGUCAAAGUACCUAAUGAAACGUGGAGGUCCGGAUGUAUGACAAUCUCCUCUUGUCCCCUUCCCUUAUUGCCCACGUGGGCAGUAGCUGGUAGAGUAGUUGUUGAAACGGGGUUUGGGGGGAGGGUGGGGUUGGGGACAGGGUUGUGUACAUGCUGUAUAUACCUGUUUUUACUACCAAGUUGUAUUACUUCAUUGGGUGCCCAGGCUGGAAGGGACCCGGUGAACCAUGGAGGUCCGGAUGUAUAACCGUCUCCCCUUGUCCCCUUCCCUUACUGCCUGCAUGGGCAGUGGCUAGUAGAGUAGUUUGUUAGUUUCAGGGAUUCUUUUGUGGGCUCGGGGUAAAUACUUUUAAAUAUAUACACAUAUUUUUAACUUCCUUAUUGCAGUAUUUCACUGGGUACUCAGUCCUUCACUUGGACAUGUAGGUUCUUAAUGAACCGUGGAGUUCUAGAUGGAUAGCAAUCUCCUCUUCUUCCUUUCCCUUUCUAUCUACGUAGGCAAUAAUUUUAAAUAGUUUGGUUUUUUUGAAGUUUUGGCGGGUGGGAAGAGACAAAGAGCAGGACAUAUAUUUUUGAAAACUGUAUAUACACUGUUUGUUACUAUAUUGUGUUAUUACAUUUUGUGCCCCGUCUCUUACUUGGACGUGUGGGUACCUAAUGAGACAUGGAGGUCCGGAUGUAUGAAAAUCUCCUCUUGUCCCCUUUCCUUAUUGCCUCUGUGGGCAAUAGUUUAGAGUAGUUCUGAGUUAAGUUUUUACUCUACCACUCCCGCCCCUGAGAGGGUGGAGCUAUGCACUCUUAAAUGUAUCUGAAUGUUUUGAUUCCUUGUUUCUGUUACUUCAUUUUGUACCUAGAUCUUUCCAUGGAUAUUUAGGUACAUGAUGAAAAUUAAGGUUUAUUCUAUGAAAAAAAAUCUCCUCUUGUCCCCUUCCCUUAUUGCCUGUCUGGGCAAUGACUAGUGGCCUAGUUGUUUAGAUGGUUUUUUUGGCAGGGUGGCGGGGGAUUUCUGGGUUUACAUUUUUUUUAAUGUACAUAAAUGUAUGCUGCAUGUUUUUUGUUUGCUUGUUUUUGUUUCUUGCUCUUCAACCAGUUUGUUUGUUUGGGUUUGUAGAUAUCAAAUGUAGUGCAGAGGCCCAGAUCUGGACAUAGGAUAAACCUUUUCUCCCUUCCCCUGUAAGCCUGUGCACAGCUGUACCCAAGUGCAUUAGGACUUGGUUUUUGUUUUCUGUUUUAGAGGUUCUUAAUGGGGAAUGGGCUUAUUUGAUAAAAUAGUGAUUUUUUUAAUGUAUAUAAAUGUUUUUGCCUCUCUUUGGUGUUCACUUCAUUUUGAAUCUAGUCCUUUGCAUGACUAUUUAGGUACUUAAUGAAAGCUGCGAUUGAUUCUAUGAACAAUCUCCCCUACUCCCCUUCCCUCAUUGCCUUGAGGGCAGUGGUAGAAGAAUAGAUGUUUAGUUUCUUUUUUUGGAGGGGUGGGGGGUGUGGGGAAUUAGAGAGAGAGAGAGAGAGAGAGAGAGAGUGUGUGUGUGUGUGUGUGUGUGUGUGUGUAAAUUUUUUAAUGUAUAUAAAUGUUUGCUACAUUUUGUGUUAUUUCACUUAGUACUCAGUCCUUUGCUGGGACUUAUAAGUACAUAAUGAAACAUGGAGGUCCAUACGUAUGAUAACUCUCCUCUGUUUCCCUUCCCUCGCUGCCUGCAUUGGCAAUAGUUUUAUAAUUUGGGGUGGUUUUCUUAGGGGGAGAGAUAAUUUGGGUGGGUAGUGGGGAAGGGAUAAGGAUAGGGUAUGAACUUUUAAAAAUGUAUAUAAUGUUUUCAUAUUAAUUGGUUUUGCACCUAGUCUUAGCAUGGAUAUAGGUAUAGGUCCUGAAUGAAAAUCGAGGAUCGGUGUAUGACACACCCCCUUCUCCCCUUCCCUUACUGCCUGGGUUGGCAAUAGUGAGUAGAGUAGUUGUAUGUUGUUUAGUACUUGGCUUUUUCAUUUUGGCAGGAUUUCUAUUUUCGUCAGGGGAAAUUCUUAAUACAUAUGAGUAUGUUUUCUUUAAUUUUGUGUUUAGUCCUUUGCAUGACUCUCUGUGUAGGGACCUAAAGGAAGCUGAGUUUUAUAAAUUGACAGUUCACUUCUUCCUUCCCCACGUUUCCGCAUUUAGCAGUGACUCGUAUAGUGGUUCUGUGGUUAUUUUGUUUUAUUCUCUAGGAAAUAUGCCUUUAAAAGUAUACAUAUAUAUAAACACAUACAGAAUCUGCCUCCCUCUUUUGUUUCCCAUUAUUUUUUGUUAAUACUUAGUCCCUCGCAGGGCUGUGCAUGGAUCUAACAAAAAUAAAGUCCCACCAGACCCCUGCCCGAUGGCCUGAGGGGCAUUGUGGUUGUGUAACUAGCGGCAAUGAGUGUACAGCCUCUAAGAUGGGAGAUGACAUUCGGAUAUGGUUGAGUUGUGAAAGCUAAUCAGAUUCAGCAUUUUUUAUGUUGAUUCACACUGAAGGAAAGGGUGAGAAGGGACCUGUACUUGGGAAAUUCGAGAAAGGCAAGAGGAUCUUACUAAGUAAAAAGUAUGUUUAAAGUUCAUUGCUGAUUAAUCUUUUAGGAACUGGUAAGCCAGCAAAAGUGCUGCCCAAAACUCGUUUAAGACCCUUCAGAGUAGCUCCUUUUUGGGGCCUGGAAUUCUGACUUACCUACAGAAAUCUCUUGCCAGUUCUCUUGCAUACUUUUGUGUAGCCGAUAGAAACUAUUUUGAUUUUUGGAAUGAAUCUUUUGAGUUAUUGCCAUGGUUCUAGUGAAUAACAACAGGGGCCCAAAAAUCAUUCCCUUACGAACUGGAGAGGCAAGCGCUUCUAUCUUUCAGCACCCGUUGCCGGUAGGGCAGAUUGGUCCUUUCCUACCCAGAGCUCUUCUGUGUGGCUGCAUCUCUCCCUCCAUUCUCCGUUAACCGGACCAUUCUUGUCCUUUAUCUCUUCUUCUUCACUGCCUGCAGUACUAGAUGUUACACUCCAGUACACUUAAACAUGUAAGCCGGUGCUGUCUCAGCAGCUGUAUGCUUUUGCACGCAUUUCAUACAUCCAGACUUGUGUGUUCGCCUGCAGGAUUCUUGAAUAUACUGACUCUUCAUCCACCACAUGGUACAUGUUAGGGACUCCACAUUUGUCUGUAUCAAAGAAAAUGCAUGUGUAAAAUCCCUCACUCCUCCCUGCCUCCCUUUCUGUCUUCCUUGCUUUCUUCCUUCAAGCUUCUGAGCAAUCUUUGUUUGUUCUGCAGUUUAUAAUGAAUAUAGUGCUGAAGAUUUGCCAUAUUAUUUUGUUUUAUUAUAUAUAUUUUUUAGACACAUUGAUAGGACUCCUAGAACAUUUGUGAAUAGACGUCAUUUACCAUAUCAAAAUCUCAGGUCCUAGUGUUUAAAAAAUUAUCCUGUACUUUGCUUAGUUAUACCUGCUGCUGUAGAAGAACUAAAAGUUUGUUCAUGACACAUGUAACUUUGAUCAUAAAUAAGAGAGAAAGGGACACCUUUUUGAAAUUAGUCCUGGUAGUCAUUAGUGAUAUCUCUGAACAGUUCUUAAUUUGAAACACUUCAAAGAAGUAAAGGUCAUUCAUGGCUUAGCAGAAUGAAAUGCUCCGGAAGUUGCACUGAAUAAACCAUCAGUACAAUAAUACGUGUGUGUGUGUGUGUGUGUGUGUAUACAUAUACAUCUAAAAUGAUAAUUACAGCAUAAUUGGAGCAUUCGCAUUAAUGGGCACACUCACACUGAGACAACACUUAGUCUCCUAGCCAUCUUGAUUAAAGCCAAGUGUUCCAUGUUGCUAUGAAGAAUAGUAGUCUCUGUCAAACAGUUUGAAAAGUAAUUAUUUGGAAACUUGUAAAAGUAUUACAUUUUUGUAUUUAAACACCUAUACAGAUCUUCACUUCUUUGAAUCUGAGCUUGUGGGUGGAAUUCUAAAUUUGUAUUAUAACCUGUCUUUUGUGGAAAAUUUUGGAAACAGUAUGUAUAAUAUAAUAUAUAUGCAAAUUGUGUUGUGUCACUUGUAAAGGGGAAAGGCAAACUUUUCUUUACACUUCUGAUAACUUGUUUUGCAUAUGAUCAGCACUGACUGAAAGGCAUGUGUAAUUGCAAACACUGUUGCUUUUUCUUUUUUGUGAAAUGAAAAUAAAGUAUUUAAAUAUAAA